UAGUGCCCAUGCGCCUGUCUGAAGCUGACACAAGACGUUUCACGCACUCCACUGAGGCUGCGCUCCUGGUACAGCCGACCCGAUUCUUUAGGUCUGUACGAGUCGCCUGCACACAGACAAAUUACAUUCAUUCACUUCAGCAAUUCACACACGAUCAUGAGUACUAUAAACCAACCAGGUCAACAACAGGUAGUACGCUCACAAUUGACGAGUCUCCAGCUACAUUCGGGGUGUAUGGGCGUGCCCUUAAGAGCUUUCUAGGCUAACAAGUGCGUUCGGAAAAGUGUUUUUAAAGAUGCGCACGUUCUACGUGUCAGAACGGUCUGAUUCUGAGAUGCUACGUAGUAGGGGACUGCGGAUUAAUUCCGACCACGCGAGGUCAAAACACAUGAGCGCUUUUUCAUUUUCCGCGCAUAGAAAUGUGGCCGCCGUUGUCGGUAUCGCGCGACCUCGAGCUCAGCAGCGCUAUAACUGUAUGGCGCAACGCUAUAGCCACUAAGUUACAUAAUACGGCGCGUGGAAGCUGUUUUAAACGUGCUCUAGGGAGAGCUUACGCAACCCUUGGUGGUGCCACCACCACUGUUUCUGACAAAAAAAAAUUAUACUGCAGUAAACUCUGGCACUGCGAUUGUGCAGCUACCAAGGUCGAUUAGAAUGGGUCGCGAAGCUUCGGGCAAAAAGCAGUCCAAGGCCAAUUGUCAUCGGCACAAGCAAGGGCGGUUACGGAAGCAGCGAUUCAAGCGUGACUGGGUGAGGAGGGAACAAAGAGUGUUAAUUAAAGGAAACCCUUCCUUUCUUCAUUAAAAAACAAGAGACAGCUAGAAUUUAUUCAAAGAAAAUAAAACUGUUGAACUUUAUGUACGUGUGGCGAGGAAAUAAAUUGAUUAUUUCACUUUCUGUUUAAGAAUGAAUACCUCCUUUUCAAUGCCCGCUAAAGGGGGUGUUCACGCCGCUAUCAGUUGAAAUGCAAGGCGAUGCAGUUCGUUCAGUAUGCAGAAAGGCGCGCUGACAAAGUUCAUCCGUUGCUAUACCACCCCUUCAUAUGUAGUACUGAUUCGCUCGUCAAAAUUUGCCUGAGGUGUCCUGGUGUCGCGCUUGCAAGGUCUGCUUCCUCGUGGAUACAGUGUACAGUCAACAGUGACAGGCGGGAGGCGUCUCGCCUCAGCUACUACCACGGUGCGGGCGGUGUUCCGCUGCUGCCUCUGACUGCGGGCCAGGUGAUCGACAGGGCUGCCGACACCAAGGGAGACAACGUGGCCAUAGUGUCCUGUCACCAAGGGAUCUCCAAAACUUACGUGCAGUUCAAGCGCGACAUCGAUCACCUGGCUGCCGCCCUGGUUUCUCUCGGGCUACCGCUGGGAUCCAUGGUUGGCCUCGUAGCGUCUAACAUAUACGAGUGGCCCGUCGUGCAGUUUGCAACGGCCAAGGCUGGCCUCGUCCUUGUAAAUGUCAACACUUGGUAUCAGGUACCGGAGAUGGAGCACUGCCUAAAGCUUGUGGACUGCGAAGCACUGAUCCUUUCGAACAAGUUCGCCCGCCAGGAAUACUACGCGAUGAUGCUGCAGAUUGCGCCUGAACUGGAGCGAUGCAAGCCAGGUCAACUCAAGUGUGCGAGGCUGCCGCGCUUGAAACACGUUAUCUUGCUUGGAGGUGAAGCGAAACCGGGCACAAUAACAUACGACGACCUUCUGGCGCGAACAACUACGAAAGAUUAUGCUGCCCUUGAUAGGAUAGCAUCCCAGAUUCGUUUCGACGCACCCGUUAACGUGCAGUUUACUUCCGGUACCACGGGGAAACCUAAAGCUGCCUUACUGUCGCACUUCAAUAUAGUCAACAACUCCAACUCGUUGGGACGUGCGAUGGGAUUCCAUGAGCAGGACGAAAUCAUCUGUCUGAACGUUCCCUUAAUCCAUUGCUUCGGCUGCGUCAUCGGCACCAUGGCGGCAGCUGCGUUCGGUGCCACCAUCGUGAUGCCGGCACCCGGAUUCAACACUUUCGCCAGCCUCCAGGCCAUAACGGAACACAGGUGCACCGUCCUAUACGGAACUCCAACUAUGUACAUCGAAUUAAUGAAGCAUCUGGAUGCAAAUUACGAUGUUUCGUCACUCCGCAAAGGUGCUAUUGGUGGCGCCCCUUGCCCACCGGAAGUGAUCAAGAAUUCUAUUGAGCGGCUGAAUACGAAACGACUUCACAUACUUUACGGCUCGACAGAAUGCAGCCCAGCCAUUGCGGUCUCCAAUCCAGACGAACCACUUCAAAUGUGGAUUCACACAGUCGGGAAGCCGUUAGAUAACGUUGAGGUGAAAGUGGUGGACAGAGAUAACAACGUCGUCCCUGUUGGCACACCGGGAGAGGUUUGUGCACGCGGCUAUCUCGUCUUCCUCGAGUACUACAACGAGCCUGACAUGACAAAUGAAGUGGUGCGGGACAAGUGGUAUCACACCGGAGACGAAGCGAUAAUGACUGAAGACGGCCACCUGAUCAUAAGUGGCCGAAUCAGUGACAUGAUCUGCCGUGGCGGUGAGAACAUCUACCCGCUCGAGAUAGAGGAGUUCCUCUACACGCACCCGGACAUUCAAGAGGUUCAGGUUGUUGGCGUACCCGACAAAAGGUACGGCGAAGAAAUCUGCGCCUGGGUUAGCUUGAAAGAAGGGAAGAUCCUGACCGAAAGAGAUGUCAAGAUGUUCUGCGACGGAAAGAUCAGCCGAUUCAAGACGCCGAAGUACGUUCUGUUUGUUGACUCUUUCCCGAAGACGAUAUCUGGAAAAAUUCAGAAGUUCAAGAUGAGGGAACAAAGUAGGAAGACAUUAAAACUUUGAACGUUAUACGUC